AUGAAUAAGAAGUGCCUCGUUCUCCCUCUCUCCCCCCUCCCCCUCUCUUUCUCUAAUCCUGUUGAGAAGAGAAUCGUAAGCUAUUGUAGUGUAGCUUUCACACUUGUCGAUAACAUAUUGAAAGGAAAAAGGAAAGGAAAGGUCAUGUCACUCGGUGAUGCCGCUGCCUCGUCGUCGACGGGCACGUCUACCACGACGUGGGAUGCGUGCGUAGGGCCGGCGAAGUGGCUCAGCGAACCCCUGCAGCGUAUUCUUGCCUACCCCCACCCACUCCCAGUGCAGCAGGCCGUCAUUCCGACCAUCACGCGAGCCUUGAUGAGCGGGGUGCCGAACGACGUCAGCCUUACCGCACCCACCGGCAGUGGCAAAACCCUGUGCUAUCUUGUCCCGCUGCUGCGCCUGCUCACUGAGACGAAGAAAGGGGUGGAUGACAACGCGCUGCGCUGUCUCAUCUUAGUGCCCACACCAUCCCUCGGGCAGCAGGUGCACCGUGAGCUGCAGCGGCUGACGCGACCCACUUCGAUUCGGGUGGCCUGCAUCUGCACGGAGGUGUCACCGGAAGGGAACGCAGCGGAGGCAGACGCCGCGGAGGCGAGCUUGCUGAUCCGGCGUGUGGUGCUGCCGCGCCAGCCGGCGCUCGCGUCAACAAAGGCAGACGGCGCAUACUUUUCCAAAGGCGGCCUUUUCGGCGAGGAGAAGGUGGGCGAGAAUGGCGACCAAGAGAGUGACGCCGAGAGUAGCGGUGAGGACGCCGUUGACGAUGAUGAUGCUACGAGCUAUGAAGACGAGGUUGGCAGAACGUAUGGUGGUGGUAGUCCAUCCAGCCACGUGCGUGGUCGUGACCGGGUGACGGUGCGCUAUUUCUCGAACGCGGACGUCAUCGUGGCUACCCCGCAGCGUCUGCUGCACCACCUCGAUCACACCCGUGGCCUCCGCCUGGCAGACCUGCGUCUCUUCGUCAUUGACGAGGCAGACCAAAUUUUGGUCGGCAACUUCGCCUCGCAAGUGCAGAAAGUGAACGCACGGUACGAGUACGAAAUUCAAGAACAGCAGCAAGAGCAGCAGCGGCGGCAGCAACGUGCGUCGGAGCUGCUUGCGUCUCGCCUGACCUCCACCUCUUCCUCGCUGCUUCGCCUGCACGGCGGCCACGGCAGCAUUCGCACCUCCGCGUUACACAAGGUGCUGUGCUCCGCCACACUCUCGACGCGUAUUGCACGCAUCUCGCAGGUGAAGCUGCGCAACUGCAGUUACUACGUGCUGGACAGCAACGGCAAGGAGCGCCAGGAGGAGGUGACCGUGGCGACGGCGACGACACAGAACAAGAAAGACAAUGCGGCAGCGAUGACCGUUCGCACGCAGUUCGCAUUGCCGCCGACGCUGCAGGAGCACGUUAUCUUCGUGGAGGAUGCCUAUCGUCCGGCGGUGCUGCUGAAGCUGGUGCAUGACCUACGGGAGCGCAUCGCCACGGUGCAGGCACACAGUCGCGCCAAGGCCGCCCGACGUGCGGCGACCGACGACAGCAACCGUGACGCUGAUAAUAAUGAUAACACCAGUGAAGUUGAAGAGGACAAGCAGAGUGCGACGGCGGCGUCGAUCGACUACCCAAACGCGGAGGACAAGGCCGGCACGGGUAUUCUUGUCUUCUGCGCCACCGCAGAGGAGGCGCGUGUGAUGGGUCACUUCCUCGCCGCGGCGGGCAUCACUUCCGUGGUGGAGUUCACGACGCUGGCCAGCGAGGCAGAGCGUCGCCGUGCUCUUCUGCAGCGUCCUGCUGUUGCUGAUGAUGCUGACACCGCAGGCGACGACGGCGACGGGUCAGCGGCCGAGGUGUCGUGCGUGGUGGCCUCGGAUGCGCUCAUGCGCGGCAUCGACGUCCCUAACGUCGGCCACGUCAUCAUGUACCACCCUCCCGAAGCGGUGUCGCAGUACGUGCAUCGUGCAGGUCGUACGGCGCGUGCAAUGCGUCCCGGGCACGUUCACCUUCUCCUCAGCAAGAAUGGGCCCAGUGGAACGCUGGAAGACGGUGAGGUGGCGCUGUACAAGCGGCUCUCGCAGUCCCUCUCCCGCACACUGCCGGUGUCGUAUGAGCGGCUUUUCUUUCGCUUUGCGGAGAGCCCGCUUCGUCGUGCUGCUGCUGCGGCGGCGGCGGCGGAGAGCACUACCACGACCACACUGACUCCCGGUACAAACACUUCUCACCUCGCAUCGAGUCCGAAGACAGCGCGAACGCCUGGCUCGGCCGAGUGGUGGGUGGAGCAAGCAGAGAAAUUUUUGAUUCAGUCGCAGCACCGGCUGCAGCGACGCUGGGCCUCUGUGUUGGAGUCUGCGGCGGCCGUGGCGGCGGCGAAUGCGAAAAAGACUGCAGCUGUUGCUGUCCUUCCUGCGGCGGCGGCGGUGGUAGGAGCAAACAACGAGCAGAGGAAGACAUCAGCGCUGACGCCUUCUUCUGCCUCUGACUCUGCCACGCAAGCGUCGUCAUUAUCAUCGCCAAGGAAGCGGGCACGCGCAGAUGCCAUCAAGACAACGGCAGAUCAAUAG